ACUGUGAUACAGUGAAGUGCCCCUGGCUGGUUUCAUAGUGCAUACAGCAAUUUGUCUAUUGCAUCUCACCUACAGUAUAUCUUUCCUUAAUGGCCCUACCCAUCCAUGGUUGCUGUGUUGCAGGUUUUAUAUAAUUACAAACCAAAUGCCAAAUCUGGCUAAUUAAAGGAGACGUGAUUAUACUGUACCUUGAGAGUGUUUUUCCUCUCAUAUUCUGAUAUCAAUAAGUCGUACUGCCUAUAAAAUCUGGCUGGCUGUGUGUCUAAAGCACUACUGUCCCUUGUGACCUGUAAAAUAAAGGAUUCAUCUACUGCCCACCGAAGUAUCAAGUUGAAGUAGUGCUCUAACUCGCCCAUAAAUUAUGAGCCAGGUGUUAGGUUUGUUUGCUCUUGUAUGCCGCUGGUGGAAGACAUCGGUGUGGCGCCUCCCUCCUUCUCCUCCUCCUCCUCUUCCUCCCUCCCUCCAUCUCACCGCUCCCUGGGGUGUGUCUAUGGCAGCGCCUCUCCUCUCCACGCCGUGUGUGUGUGUGUGUGUGUGUGGCGUGCGCUGUUGUUGCUGCCGCCUCCUCCCUCUGCCUCCUAUCUGCAUCUGCUGCAGAGCUUAGCCAACACGCAUCUAUGCUCUCUCUCUUGUUUUGCCACUACCUACCUAUUUCUACCCACCAGAAUAUUUCCUUUGUUUCAUUUUUGGUUUGCUGAUAAGGGAGUCAGCGCACACCCACACCCGUGGAGUCUAGGGGGAGAGAUGGGGCAUCACUAGUCCUCACUUUGGAGUGUUGAGGACGGCGGUGAACCGGAGAGAGCGCCGGAUGGGUUAGGAGCCGUGAAACCCACAUCACUCACCGCGGAUUGAGCAAGCCCCCCCCCCCUCCAUCCUCUCUCUGUCUCACCCUAGUCUGCAGCCUCCAAGAACAGCCGCCGCAUCAUUUUUUCAGAGCAGCAGCCCCCUCCCUCCCUCACUCCCACCAUCCUCUCUCUUCUCUCCAUCUCCCUUUCUGCUGCUUGCACCACUGUGGGAAUGCAGCGAAGGUAAACGAAUCGUAGAGGCUUCUUCUCCCCCCCCCCCCCACCAACACCGGAUCCAUCAUCACAGUGGCGGACUGCAGACAUACAGCUCUGGAGACACACGGCUGUCACUCCGGGGAAAUCAGAGCGGGGUGGUCAGCGCAGGAAUUGGACCCGGAUCAGUUGGAUUUAGCCCGCUACCCCGGACACCACUAACACCCCCCAUAUCUCAUUGGCAGAUCAUAUCAGAUCCCUUCUGCCCUGCCUCGUUUCACUUUCGGUGGCUUUCACCGGCUCUCUCCUUACUGGAUUACUGGCAGCUGGAGCGACCAAAAGGGUGGCCGGGCAUGGAGAACUGAGGGCUAUUAGAGGCAAAGUUGAAGUAGCCGACAAAGACACCUGCAAGAGAAAUAGGAAGCUCUCUAAUGUAUGUAUGAAAGGUAAAAUGAACUCAAAUGAAACCUAAGAGAAUAAAGGAAUCGGUGGUUUGUAUUUUAAGGACCUUAUGCGGCCGAUAAUCAACCAAUUGAGAGUGGAGAAGGGUGCUGCCGUAGCCUGGGUUGGUGAUCUACGCACGCACACACGCACAUGGAUUUACAGCUCUAGUCUGAAGCGGAUCGAUAUCCUUCUCCGUUCUUUUCUACGUAGGCCUUUUUUUUAAACAAGGGAGUAAAGCAUCCUGGGAAUUAUCAUCGCUUCUUUAGCGCUCAACUACAGUGAGGCGCCCCCUCGCUCCGCGCUCUCACCUGUCCAUAACCUGUGCUCGCGUGGAAGCGUGUAUAUUCUUGUGCUUAUUUGUGCGUGCGUGCGUGUGUGUGUAUGUGUAUGUUUGGUUGGCUUGUUGUCCGCCAGAGGGAGUGUAGGUUAUAUUGCUUGUGUAUGCAUUUGACUGCUGUGCCAGCUUUUAAUUAGUGACUGUGAGUGAUUUGUGUCUGCUCAUGCUUGUGAGUGCUUGUGCAUUGUUCAUGUUUUAUGUUUGUGCAUGUAGAUAUAUAGGCUAGGCAUUGUGUGGGUACUAACUUAAGAUGCCCAGUAUUUCUUCUGCACCACAUCCCCUUCCUUGUAUAUGCCCUUGUAUCAUUUGGCCACCUGUUUGACCCCCUGAACACCCUAAGAGACGAAAAGCUCCAGCAGCAGGAUGAGUGAGCGCUCAGGUGCAAGCACUCUAGCAGCCAUGACGCUGGAGGAGCCAGGGGCUGAACAGGCAUCUCCCCGAGCCCCGGGCCCUCUCCGCUGUGGCCCCUGUGCUGUCUGGCCUCGCCAGCAGACCUGGCUGUGUGCCGUGCCCCUGGUAAUGGGCUUUGUGGGACUGGGACUCAGUCUCAUGCUGCUGAAAUGGAUUGUGGUGGGAUCUGUCCAAGACUAUGUCCCCACUGAUUUGGUGGAUCCCAAAGGUAGCAUUGGACAGGACCCUAUAUUUCUCUCCAAACCCAGUGCCAUGCCUAAGGGGCCCGACAUUUCCACCGCCACUACUUCAGCUGCCUCUACCACAGCAAUGGUUUCGACUACCACCCCGCUAGCUGCGGAUGGUACCGCCCCAGCGCCAAGAACUCGAUCUGGGCCUCCAGCAAACCACUCAGCUAAUGGCAGCACUGCCAAUGGAGAUGGCAACCACGCCCCACACCUUCACAACCGUGUUGGCACCCACAUUAGCGGGACUGUGGUUACCACCUCCACCACUCGCGCCACCCGACUCACCCCACCACCCAGUGGUAAGGAGGUCACCCCUCGCAGCACUGUUAGAAAAGGAAGUAGCGCUGGACGUAACGGAGCCGCCAACUCAAAGCCAGGACAGACUUCUGCUACCAUCACCACUACAGCAUCCACCACAACUACAGCUAGUGUGAAGACCACCACCAAGGUGCAGCCAACCACCUCCCAGCCAGCAGCCCCGGUCAAGCCCACGUCACGCUGGAAUCACGGGCGCCCAGGCAAGGGCCCAGCCACACGCCCACACCACCGCUUCCGAACACCAGUGGUCCCCACACUUCCUAGUCUACGUUCAGAGGUCUUCAAGCCAUGUGUGGAAGACAAGGACCUGGCCUUUUGUCUAAAUGAGGGAGAGUGCUCCAUCAUUGAAACCGUGGCUGGGGUUCACAGACACUGCAGGUGUAAGGAGGGCUACCAUGGACUACGUUGUGACCAGUUUGUACCCAAGACAGAUGCUAUCUUGUCAGACCCAACGGAUGAACUUGGGAUCGAGUUCAUGGAGAGUGGUGACACCUACCAGAGGCAGGUGCUGUCCAUCUUCAGCAUUGCCUCAGGGAUCUGUCUUCUUGGAGUGGCAUGUAUGGCUCUCUACCGCCGCAACAAAAGACACAGGGAAAAACUCCAGGCUCAUUUCUCAGAUAGCCGCAGCCUGAGGGACUGCAAUGUCAACGCCUCUGGCCUCAUGUCCAAAUCUACUCCCAGGCUUCAAUACAGCCUUCAACUCCAAAAGAGCUGCACUUCUCAUGGAUCGUCUGUUAAGGGCAGCAGCGUGGCACCAGCAGCCCCACCCAUCCUCAGCAGAACGCUGUCUAAAGGGAAACGCUUCAGGAGUAGUUCCCUCUCACUCAGUCCUGCCCAACAACGGAGGGAGACUAACUACUUCAGGACCCCGCCCAUUUCUAGAGGGAAACACAAAAUAACGACAAAUCUUAUCGACGGAUCCAGAGCGGUUGGCCACGUCUACAAACACUUGCAGGAGGAUGACUCAACAGACGUGGAGUCCAUAAGAAGGUAUGAUUCCACCAGUGGAAGAGUCGGCACUCUCCUCAGCAGGACCUCAAUCUCUCACUUCGCAGCCAGAAAGGGAUGGGCCGAGGUCCCCUGCACCCGCCUGGAUGAGGGAACCUUCCUUCCACCCUCCCUGCGCACCCGUUCUGUGCCCAUCAUCCCUUCGCUCCAAGCAUGUGACCUCGAGCCCAGGAAUGUGGACACGAGUGACCGGAACCAAAAGAGGCUCCUGAAGUGGCACCCCGUGCUGGCUGGAAAGACAGCGGUUGCCAUUAGCAAUUCUCCCCCUCCCCCCUAUGAGACUGUUGUGCUGGUGCCUGGUGUUAUGCCCAGCAGUGUUAGCCCUCCUGCCACCAACACCGUUACACUGGGCUCGGAGAAGAAUCUCAGCUCCACACAAACACCCUGCUUCAUCGAAAUUACAGUGGAAGUCGCGCAGGAAUUAAAACAGAAAAGCCUUUCCAGCCCCAUGAAAAUGUCUAGGUCUCACAGCGAGAUCCACCGUGGUGGCGCAAACACUCUCGAGGCUGGGACUGUGCAGGAGUCAGAAGGGAAAAGUGUCCAAUAUUCAGCCGGAGUUCUGCACACAGGCAAUGGGACCAGAGGUUUGAAGGCAACAGGCCAAAAAGAAGCCCAGGGACAGUGCCAAGGUCAGACAUCCCUCAUGUACGGAGGCGCAAACUGCUCCUUGGCCACCAAAGGACCCAGCUGCAGAGGAACUGGAAAUGCUUAUGCCAAGCCCUCUGCAAGCUGAUUGGAUUAACUCUGUAAAGCUUCAAAGACACCGUUUCCAAUAACUGUAUACCUUUGCUGGUGGCACAGGAUGGUUAGCAGGUGGAACCAUCUGUGUGGCCACACGGACCAAUAACAGAUGGCCGUCGAUUUUGAAGGAACAUGAACAGAUUGAACUGCUGAGGAAAAAAAUAUUGACACAACAAAAGACAUGAAAUCAUAAAGAAAAAGAGACAAACAAACACACAUUGUGAAUAAAUGUGACUCAAUAAGGAAAACAAAACCGUGACUUGAGUGGGAGCUUGACUUAAACAGUGUAUUGAAAAAAAUGCCACUAUUUAAAAGGAGCUUCUACUUAGAAACCAAAAUAGUGUGUCAUCUCUAUGUUGUUUCUCUAUUGUAAAGAAAUGAAAUUAUAUAUGUCAUAUAAUAUAUGUCAUAUAGACGUAUAUAUAUUUGACUACAAUUGUGACAAAAUAAAGACUAAGAUAACAGUGUUAAUUAA